CUGGUCGCUUUACCGCUGUUGAAUGCCUUAGCCGGCAACUGCGAUGCUGUUGGAUGCUGUUCAAGAUAAAUCAUCCGUCAUUGCUGAUGUUAACAGAAUAACGAGCUAAACGUCGGCAUCCGGAUUUUCGGAAACGUCUACGUCCUUACUGGUCUUUUAGUAGAUGAUUGCAGAACGCGGAAUGUAGGAUUCUUUGAAGCUUUUGAUUUGACGGGGCAUAGCUAUUGCAAUUUUCAUGGCAAGACAUGGUCUAGAGCGGGGGUAAGCCUUUCAAGAACUUCUGUUUCUUAGUUUCAUUUCUUGAGAGGCAAUUUUGGAGGGGUUACAUCUGACUAUUUAUACCUUAGGGAUGUAAACAACGCUCUGAAGGAAUCCAAACAUUUACGUACGUAAGGAUAGGAUCGCGGUCAGAUGAGUAAAAACGAGAUCCAAAACCCGAUGCAGCGGUAAGGUUGCAGCCGCUGCAUGAGGACGACCGAAAUUAGCAUCAUCACCAUUGUGCAGUAUCGCAAGGCUGAAUUUAAUUAUGGCUACACAUCAAGUGCGUGUCAAUAAAGAUAUUAUGAUUUUACUUCCUCGUUGCAUACCAACAUAAGCGCAUUGUAUACAUGAGGAGUGCAAGGCUGAAUUCUCAGUUGCCAAUUUGCAUCGAGAGAAGUAGCCAACUUAUCGCUAGAUACGAACCCCUCGUCGAAACCACAAUGUAACGGCACAGUUGCUUGACCUGAAAUUUUGACUCAAGGAUCGGAUCCGCCGAUGUAUAAGAAUGCUAUGAGUACCCACUUUCAUGUCCUUGGAUGGGACAAGAGGUCGAUCCGUGACAAGUGCGAGGCGAGCAAUUUCAUAUACCGAGGAGACAUGACUUGCUCAAAGAAUGGCUAAUACUGUGAGGAAAAAAGCCUGGAGACCGAAAUCCAAAACUGGAUGUCUUACUUGUCGGUUAGUCAUCCUACCCUAUUUCAUAUUCUGCCUCUAUGAUUGAAGUGCGAGUAGGGUUCUAAGGUCGAGACACUAACGGUAAAUAGAACAAGACGAGUAAAAUGCGGAGAAGAGAAACCACAGUGUCUUCGCUACACAAAAACUGGACGCAAAUGCGAUGCGUAUGAUCCAGAUCGUCCGGAAAUGUCAAGCACUGGGCUGGCACGAAGAGCCAUUGAUGAAUCUUCGCCAAUUGCAAGCUCAAUCGCUAGUCCCACCGCAAGCAUAAUUGCAAUAUCGUCCCCAGUUAUUGAAGAGGAUGAAGAGGAAACAAGAAGCCUCAAUUUCUUCAUCAACAACACAGCGCCAGAACCAGCAGGUAGUUUUGAGUCAAAGUUCUGGAACAGUCUCGUUUUGCAGAGUUGUCACUCCGAUCCUCCCAUUCGCCAUGCAGUCAUUGCUCUAGGAGCUUUCCACGAGUCUUUCAAGUUUGGCGAUAGAAAGCUGUUAGAGGCGGGAGCUAUUGAUGAUCCUAAGCAACGAUUUGCUCUACAAUAGAAUAAUGAACCUAUACGCAAUUUAACAGGACAUCUUUUACAAGGCGUUAAUCCACGAUCUUCGGAAGUAAUUCUGACAUCUUGUAUCUUGUUUAUUUGCUUUGAAGCAAUGCAAGGAAACUAUCAAGCGGCAUUUGCGCAUCUUAACAGUGGUCUGAAGAUUCUAGGCGAUUGCGUCCAAAAGAACAAAGACUAUCCCAAUGGUGAUUCAGAGUCGAGCUUAACUCUAGAAUUUAUCCGCUCAGAGCUUUUGCCUCUGUUCGGUGCUUUAGACAUCCAGACGACGACAAUUUUACCUACUAGCAGGGUAAUGAUGACGGGAUCAAUAAUAUUCGAUUUUAGAACUCAGACUAGCAUACCAGACCGCAUUUCAUCUCUGAAUGAAGCAAAAUAUCAUUUGCAGAACCAUGAAAUACUGGAAUACCAUCGGAGCGUGACCAAAAACUAUAGUCUAGACAUGGCAGAGAAAGGCGAUGCUGUACGAUCAAAUGGCAUGAACGCUAUGAUGAAGGAAAACAGAAGGUAUGCUUUACAGCUUGAACAGUGGUGCACAGUUUUCCACAAUUUCGCAUAAACAGCCGGCCAAACAAUGGAUACAAACGAUCUGCGAGCAUCUCUAUCACUCCAACUUGACUACGAAACCAACAAACUUAUUCUCGAAACGGCACUAUUUGAAACUGAAAUGGACUAUGAUCGAUAUAUCGAUCAGUUUGAGCUAAUGGCUUCACUGGCCGAGUCGCUUCUUAAAUCAUAUGGCGAUUCGAGAAUGGAAAAUGGACCAGUCUGUUCAUUCAAUACAGUGAUCAUACCAUCAUUGGUAUUUGUGGUAUACAAAUGCCGUGACCCUUCAAUACGCAGAAAAGCACACGCUCUUCUAUCCAGUUCCUUCAGACAAGAAGGUCUUUGGGAUAGUGAAUUUGCGAGUGGUAUUGGUAAAUGGUCCAUAGAUAAGGAAGAGAAAGGAUUAGAGAAUAUUUCGAGAGCGGAAGAAGUAUUGGGAUCGUCAAGGAUAGUAGUGUCGAAAACAGCCUCGCUAGGACGACGACGUGCGUUGAUUAAGUUCAGGCAGGGUUCUCGUGGAAAUGCUGGAGAUUUAGAUCUCCAGGAGGAGUUAAUUGUAUGGUGAUGUGUAUUUAGAUAAUAGGUAUCAAGGACUCUGGUAGUUUGUUUUUAUGACACUGUAUUCCGAAUAUUG